AGACAAUCAAGAUGGCGGCAAUGCAUCCAGCUGUAAUUUGGCUUAUUAUAGCCGCGAUUGUGGGAACUGCUUUGCUUAUUGCUACUUUUAUAGCCAACAGAAAUCAAAAGAAGAAGAAGAAGGGUAAGUGUUUCAUUAUCCUUGGGAGAUAAUGUUUCGAGGGAAGGGAAAAUGCCGCUUUUGAACUUAAUUAUAUCAAUUGCUACGUCAGCUUUAGAAGCUCAUAAGCUUAAAUUCUAUUGACCAACUUUCUACGGAUAUGACAGUAGUAUACUUCAUUUACUAUUUCAGUGUUUCAAUUUCAAAUACUUUUAUUACAAUUAACAAAAUAAACGUGGGUCCUUAACAGUACUUGAUUAAAAUUUAUAUGAGUCAUGCACGUACAGAGGACUAAUAUUCUUAUCCAUCACCAAGUUCUAGUGGUGGUAUUUAAGUAAUAUACAAGAAGAUGCCACUAUUGAAAACAAUAAUAAACCAUAACAUUUGAGUGGAAGUAAAUUUAUUGAUCAACAAAUAUGCUAUUCAGUUCAUUUGUUGUUUUCAACACUGUACUGUACAUGUAUCAUGUCAAUUUUGGAUGUUGAAACUGGCCAUUCAUUAAAUGUUGAAAACUGUUGAAUAAGAUUUUAUUAUGGCUUCUUUUUAACAAGUUGCUACUUGUUAAACAACAACGCAACCAUUGUUGUGUAAUCAACAAAUGUUGAACUAAGGAGAGGUGAUGAUUGGCUCAAUCAUCUAUCUAACUUGGGAGCCCUGUGUGUGAAUUAGUUAAUGUAUCCUGUGAAGGUUUAAAAUCUGUACUUCUUACCUUGGGGGGUUUGAAUUAAAAACAGGUUUGGCAGCAUAGAAUAGUCAUGAAGAAGUUAGAGGGAACAUAUUUAAUAUUAUUUUUCUUUCCUUUUGUUUCCCGUUGUAUCUGCAUUAUAUUCCAUUCUCAAUGGAUGAGAAAUUUUGCCAUGUUAGUGUGUUGGUUUCUUCUCUUGUAAAUAAAUUCAUUGGCAACAUCAGUCCAAGCAAAUUGAUCUUGAAGUGCAGUUUUACUAGACAGGAUUAAAAACAACACAGAAAGGAGCGUCUCAUCACUUAAACAUUGGAAUCAGAUUUGAAAUUUUGGUUGAAUCUGAAAACACUUGUAGCCUUGGCAACUUUUUAUAUCAAUAAGUAAAAAACAUUUCCAUGGAAUCCCUGCGGUUCACACUUUGCUACUUUUAAAGUGAAGCCUUCCUUCUGAAUAUGUAAUCAAAUUAGUAAAAAUAAAAAAUCUUUUAUUAAUGCUAGGUGCACCUAGGCAGCCAGAAGGGAUUGACAAUGCAGGAGAAGUGGGCGGAGCAAGGAGAAGAGUCAGAAAUGCUCGGUCAAGAAUGAAUGCCAGAAGAGCGCAAGAUGAUGAUGAUUAUGAUGAUGAUGAAUAUGAUGGUCUGUUGAUAUUGAAAGAAAAUAGUAUGAUAUUAAAAUAUUUAAUUUAUGGGCCAAAUUAGCCCCUUAAGCCCCGAUAUCUAUAUACAACUUCUCUAGACUGGUCUUCAUACAUUUCGUUACAAAAUUAGUUAAGAGAAUUGGGUUUAAGAUCAAUGCAUUUUCCAUAAGGUGAUCUUCUUUUGGAAUUCUUACAACCCUCUCUCUUGAUUAUGUAUCGGGAGAAAAUUGACAUGGAUUACUCUUUGGACUUCAACAGUUAGAGGUCCAAAAGUGGCGCAGGGGUGAAUACCUCUCUCCAAUGUGGCUUGUGCUUGAACCCCGGGGGCAACACCACAUGUGGUUUGACAUUGUUGUUGGUCUUUACCUUGCCUUAAAGAGGUUUUUCUUUGGAUACUCUGUUUUUGCUCUCUCCUCAAAACCAGCAUUUUCAAAUUUCAGUUUGAUCUGGAAUGUUAGACAAAGAACCACUUUUAGAAGUGCUACCACUUAAUUGUUAUUUAUUCUUUUUUUAAUAUUAUUAUUAAAUUAACCAAUCCACUGUUGGGAUUUUUCUGGUGUGCUAACUCAACAAAUACCGGCAUUUUGAAAUAUUAUCACUGAUAGGAGGCAUUUCUUGUCAUAGGUGAUGGUGACGAUGGAGGCUACUCAAUGGGACUUGAUAAUCAGAUGCCUGUUGGUAAGAUUGGAGCAAAAAAACAGCGAAAGCUAGAGAUGAAGGAGGAGAAGAGGAUUUUAAGGGAGGUGCGACAUACUUAGCACACACUUUUCAAAUUAGUGACAAAGAUAUAAAAAAGAGUGUCAAUGUUUUGUGGCAAAUUGACAUUAAAGGGUCUUUCUGUAUCUAAAUGUACAUGACUAAACACCAUUAAUCUACAUGUAUAUGGCCACACUUUUAUGUGUUGGGUAAAGACGCAAGAUUCAACUGCCCAAAGUCUUCAAAUGUAUACAGAUGUAAAUAAAAAAGUAACACAAUUUAGCCUUAUUAUUUAGCCUUAAGAACAAACUCAGGAGGAUUUUAUAUCCCAUGCUUGAGAGUGGAUAGCCGUUUCUUUGUGUUUUUCUGAACCAUACAAAGGUCUCACUGUUUGCAGAGCAAAAGAAGCGCCUUCUAUCUCAGUUUAUUUAAGACCAGGCUGCAGACUGCUGCACUGCUAAGGAUCGGUUCAUUUGGGUUGAUCUGAUCAGAGAUCCAAGAAUCACUUGGAUCUUGGUACAUCAAAUGAACAGUAGUUAUCCUUUCCCAGUGUCUAUUUAACAGAUCUUUUGAUGUGCUUUGAUCCAAGUAAUCUCAGAUCAGUGAUCCUGAUUUGGAUCAUCCCGGUGGAAUGCAGAAGAAUUUAACUAACCCUGCCAAAGUCAACUCGUCUCUUCUGAAACUCAUAUUGGUGGUAUCCUUUCUCUAGCAAAUGGAGGCUGAACGAGAAGACAGAAAAGAGCGUGAGGCCCUCAGAGAAGAAGAAAGAAAGAGACUGGAGGCACAGAGAAAGAAGGAACAAGAAAGACUUGUAAGUACAUAGUCUUUUGCAUUUGGUAAAAUUAACUGUAAAUUCAUGGAAAUUACAGAAAAAUACUAAAUUUAACAAUGUACAUGUGAAACACAAUUUUUGAAAAUUGCUUUUCUUGGAUUCUUGCAUUGGUUUCACAGUCAAGUUAAGUUCCAAAUAAAUAGAUAAUUAUAACAAAAAAAUAGCAAAUAAAGUCUUUUACUGGUAACAGCGCCACAGAGGGGUUCUUUAUCUACUAUAAUAUUAUUUUAAAUUUAAUUGGAAUGUGGAGUUGUUGGAUUUUGAGGGAAACCAGAGAAUCAGACCCAGGCAUGUAAUUCAGUCCCAUGACCUAAAAUUUUUUUGGUUGGCGAAAUCAAAGACCUCUUGUGAUCUGGUGUCUCUAUAGAUGUCAAAUUUCGUAUUUUAGGAAGAGGAGGAACGCAAAAGAAAGGAGGAACAGGAGCGUAAAGAGCAUGAAGAAUAUCUACUAUUAAAAGAACAGUUUACGGUUGAAGAAGAAGGUGUUGGCGAGACUGCUGAAGAAGUAAGGUUUUGUCAUGUUUUUUUAUACUUUCUAGAUACAGCUUAAAAAAAUAAGAGUGUACAUGUGUUUUUCACUACAACUUCAUUUUCCGUAGCUAGUUUUAUUGUCAAAUUAAGAAAUUACCUGAAAUAUUUCAAAAGUGUUAAUAAUUGUGUUAUGACCAAUCACAGCUAAGAUCAGGACAUGCGAGGAAGCGACAGAAACACAAGCUAAUUACCAUUGUUGCUUGCAGUAUAGUUUUCCUUGUAACACAUUAAAACAUUCUUUCCAGUGUUGAUGAUUUUCUGAGUUUCAUUAUAAGUACUAAUUUGCAUUUAUCUGAUUUAUUUUAGUCGGAAGCUCUCCUAGAGGAGUUCAUUACCUACAUUAAGGUAACUUUCCACAUGCUUGUAAAACUCAACUUUGCAGCACUUGAUGAGAAACAAGUUGCAUUUGUUUAAGGUUGGCAUCCGUAGCUAAUAGGUACUAAUUUGUUAUUUUCAAUGAUGUACAUUGUCCUUUAAAGGAAACCAAGGUAGUGUUAUUGGAAGAACUAGCUUGUCAGUUUGGUCUUCGCACACAAGAUGCUAUUGAUAGACUGCAGGCUUUACAGGAAAUGGAGAGGAUAACAGGUAUACUUAUUGACUGGCUGUUGUCUUUGUAAUCUGUAAAUACUAUUUCAGCAUGCAUUAUGAUGAGGCGAAAGUUCCAUGGGGAAUAUCAAUCAUGUGAAACUUCAAAUUACACAUUUUUGACGCUAUCCUACCUCCUAGCCCCAACCAGGGCAAGCAUUUAUACCUUAGCCUGAGAAAACAUCUGACAUUUCUAAACCCCACCACUGGUUUCCCUGCAAAAUGAAGUCUGAGGAAUGAGUGCAGAAAUUCCAGAUUGAAUUUUAUUGCAGAGAGGGUGAAGUGUCAAAAAUUUUUGUUGUUGAUAGUCAUUGGUGUUAAGCAUUGCCACUAUCAUCCUCAUCAUUUUCAUGAUCAUAAUUUGUACAUGUAUGCCUUCAGACAGGUGGUUGUGUUGACCAAUGCUGAAGAUAAGUAGGUUCUUCCAGGUUAACCAGGGAUCUCCAUCAUGUAUUGCACUGAUAAAGCCCUCCAGUGUUGUCCACUGUGGGCAUUUAUAAGCAUUGCUAAACUGGAUGUUGCUACAUGUAAAGUUGACUCCAGAAAACUCAAACCCUUGCUAACUCAAACCUCAUGCUAACUCAAACCAAAGUCAAUUUCCCCUGGAUUUUCCUCAUACAUGUAUUGUAAUUUUCUGUCAGUAACUCGAACCCUCGAUGACUCAAACCUCCCCCUAACGCAAAGUAAUUUUUGUCUCCCUUCAGAUCAUUUAACUAUAUAUUUCUACCCUUGAUAACUCAAACCAUGUUUUAAGCAUGUGACAAGUGAAAAAAAGUUCACUGUAGUCUGAAAUGUUGGAAAAAACAAAACAAGAAAACACAAUCAAAACAAGAAUUCUUUAUGUCAGUUCUUUGUUUCACUUUUUUGUCACUCGAGUUCAAAUUCAACAUCCAUCUCAGAAUAUUAAUUAAUCAAGUUUUGUUGCUUGAUUCCUUUUUCAAAAUACUAAUCUGCAUCUCUUGCUGUCCAUAAAGUGUCCAUCAUGGUUGCAUUCCCUCCCCAUCCAUUUUCUUAUUUCCUUAUUCCCAGUUAUUUUCUUGGAACUCCCGAUAACUCAAACUUUUUUUGAUUUCCCCAGAAGUUUCGAGUUAUCAGGAGUCGACCGUAUUUUAGAAUCCAUUUCUUUUCUUCUGUUUAGGUGAAGCUAUUAAAUUAAACUUUGUUUUUUCAUUUAAACUCCUCUUUCAGGUGUGACAGAUGAUCGUGGAAAAUUCAUUUACAUAUCACCAGAAGAGCUCCAAGCUGUAGCCAAGUUUAUUAAGCAGCGUGGACGUGUUACGAUCAGUGAACUUGCAGAAAGCAGUAACACUCUCAUAAAUCUGCAUACAGAUAAGUCUCACACAGAAACUCCAAAAACUGCUCAAGUAUCAGCAUAGGUGCAUUUUAGUU